AUGCCUAGGGCGGUUGAUUUUGUCCACCGGAAAUCGGGAUCGCUGCCUACCACAGUUUUCGAGUUCAGUCCACCAUCCAAACAUGCCAUAAAUCCGUGGGUUCGAGGUAGAAAAACAAUUACUAGUUUGCACAAGCCCGAUCCAACAUCGCCACUGCAGCUGUUGGGCCUAUUGGGCCGGCUAUGUGGUGUUGAAUUGGUAAUAGUUCUCUCCCCUGCAAGCCGGCGUGAGCACCCGGUCCCCCACCAGGCCACCACCUGCCGCCGGCGAGCCGCGAUCCAGUGUCGAUUCCCUUCCUCUCCGCGUGGGCGAAAGGAUUCAGUGAACUACUUCCACAUACUCGCUGCUUCUACCCUGCCCAUGGCUACACCACUUAUAGCAGGACUUGCAGUUGCAGCAGCUGCACUUGCCGGUAGAUAUAGCAUCCAAGCUUGGAAUGCUUAUAAGGCACGACCUGUAGUUCCAAGGAUGCGCAAAUUCUAUGAAGGUGGCUUUCAACCUACGAUGACACGAAGGGAAGCUGCUUUAAUCCUUGGUGUCAGGCUGCUGGUUGGCCCAGCACAUGGAGUCAGAGCCACCGGCGCUAGCGGAGCCGGGGCCUCUGGCACAUGGGAGGUCGAGGCGUCUAGCCCUGUCGAAGUCAGGGCGAGACCAAAUUGCAUGAUGUCGUGCCUAUGGAUGUCUUAUGACCCUGCAGCGGCCCUCUGCUACGUUGAUGGCUCCAGGGAAACUGCCAAUGCAGAGAAGGUCAAAGAAGCACACAAGAGGGUGAUGGUGGCCAAUCAUCCAGAUGCAGGUGGAAGUCAUUACCUUGCUUCAAAGAUUAACGAGGCGAAGGAUGUAUUGACAGGGAAAACAAAAGGAGGUGGGUCAGCCUUUUGA